GUUUGAAAUCUAGAAGCAAAUUUUAAGAAGGGGAGAAAGAAGCUCAUCAGAAUGAGCACUAACGAGCACUCUGAGUAUCUUCCGCAACGUCGCGGCGGACGUGUGCGCGGGGCUGAGGGUUAUCACAAAGAGGACAUUUCGGCAUUGCUUAAAUGUGUGAAAGCCGUGCUGCCAACAACCACCAAGGAAUGGGAACAAGUACUGGACGAGUACCGACAGAUGCACGCUAUCCCCAACACUCGAGCGCAACGCGAUACCAGCUCUCUAAAGUCCAAAUAUAAGCAGUUGGCGCGGAGCUUUAAGUCCGGUGUAGACGCGCGCCCAGAUGUGGAGGAGGCUGGAGCCAUUCUGGACCUGAUCGAAGCAAAAAUGACGGACGGCAAGAUCCUCCAGCGACGAGGAGGCAGAGCGAGGGGCGCCGAGGGCUUCUCUUCUGCAGAUUCACAAGCCAUUCUCAGUAUUGUACGACGAUUCUUGCCAGUACAGAGGUCAGACUGGGAGCAAGUUGCAGAGGAGUACUGCAGAGAGUACGCUGAGCCGAACGAGAGGCUCAACAGGGACGGCUCAUCGCUCAAAAACAAGUUCCGUAACUGGCUCAAGGAAGACACGACGAAUAUGCCACGAGCGGAGGUGACGGAGGCUCUGGCUAUUCAAGAGGAGAUUGAUGCAAGGUUGAAAAAGGUUGCAAAGGACUACGCAUCGCUGGAACAUGACAAGGAAGAGAUAGCGAGCAGAAUAGCUGAAGCUGUCGAAGACAAGAGUGGGAGCGAUAGUGAGAUCAAUGGAGUGGAAGAGGUAAGCGGACAGGAGAAAGCUACGAGCAGCGAAGGCGGGGAUAAAACGCCGAUUGCAGCGCCUCGGCGUGGUGGAAGAACGCUGGGAUCGGAAGGAUACUCUCCUUCAGACACGAAGGCUCUGCUUUCAUGUGUCAAGGAGAUUUUACCAUCGGGACCGACUGGUUGGGAACAAGUGUUGCAGUUGUACCGCGUGAAUCACGCCAUUCCCAAUACGCGUUCACAGAGGAACGCAACAGGGAUCAAGAUCAAGUUUAGACAGCUUGUUAACUGGAAACAGGAGUCCGAAAAGCCUGCGUCCGACAUAGUCCUCGAAGCCCGUGCCAUCCAAAGGGAGAUUGAUAUGCAAGGAAGUCAGGGGAAGCGCUCAUACCCCGAGAGCGGGUCUUAUGCCUCCUACACGCACAAACCUGAAGUAAACCCCUCAGAAAGCCGUGAAGAGCGUCGUCGUCUUUUGCCGCGCACCGACGAAAACCACGGCCGACAAAAUGUGGCUGCUGAUGCCGCAGCAUGGUCAUCACCUGCCGAGCCUGUGGUAAAACGAAGGAAACAAGAUACAUCUGCGAUCUUGCAGCUGGAUGCUGACGUGCGCAAUGAAAUUGCGAGUCGAGAGCUGGAACUUCUGCGUCAACGCGAGCAACGGGAGGCUGAGCAGGCAGCAUGGGAAAAAGAGCGAACCGCGUGUGAGAAACAGCGCAUGGACAUGGAAGCCUGGACGUUUGUGUGUGAUCGUCUGCGGGCACUAUACCGCGAGCAGGCAGCGGAGAAAACUCCAGAGAUUGUCAGCGAGAUCGAAGAAGAGAUCGCUGUCCUCAAGAAAAAGAAGCAACGACUAGCGAACCUGAUGGAAUGAACACGUGCUCUCUGGGAAUACUUAGUAGUUGUCACGUCUCGAACAUUUAUUUGGAUUUAAAAUCAUGCAUGCAUCCCAGUGGUCGACGGUAUUUCUUCUCAUUUAUCCUGCGCUUUGUCUUCAUCGCCACUCUCUUCUGAUGACGAGUAGCUUCUUUCUUUCACCUUCUUCGGGUCGACUGCAAGUGGCGAAAAGAUCAGCUCAGCGGCUUGACGUGCCUUCAACGAAACCUUGCGCUUCGCUUUCGCCAUCGGCUUGACUUCUGUUGCUGCUUCAGUUGCUUCGCUCUCGCCUGUGGUUGUAGGUUCGUUUCUUUCUUCCCCUGCUUUGUUGUCAUCAUCCUGGCCACCGAAGGAAUCUCGGGCAUCGCAUGAUACUGGCGAUGUCGAAAAGCUUCCUGAGUCGCUCAAGUCCACGAAGUUCAGCUUCGGUUUUCCUUUCUUCACGCUGGUGGGAGAUGGCACAUCCAGCGUGCUACUCGCGUCCGUGCUAGCAUCCGCAUUGGUUGCGCCCUCUUCACCGUCAUUUGAAGGUGUUUUCUCUU